UUAGCUCAUUCUUUUCAUUUAUUUUUUAUUCAUUUAUUUUUUUUCUUUUCAGCCAAUGACAACCUCAAUUGUAGCUCGUUCUUAAGGAAACAGAUAAACCAUUUAGGAAAGAAACAAUAUGAAUGUGAUGUGUGUGGCAAGGUCUUUAAUGAGAAGCGAUGUCUUGAAAGCCAUCGUAGAUGUCACACUGGUGAGAAACCUUACAAGUGUAAUGAGUGUGGCAAGACCUUCAGUCACAAGUCAUGUGUUCUACGACAUCGCAGAGUUCAUACAGGAGAGAAACCUUACAAAUGUCAUGAGUGUGGCAAGAACUUCAGUCAGAUGUCAUCCCUUACAUGCCAUCUUAGACUUCAUACUGGAGAGAAACCUUACAAGUGUAAUGAGUGUGGCAAGAGGUUUAAUAAGGUAUCAUACCUUAGAUACCAUCAUAGACGUCAUACUGGAGAGAAACCAUACAAGUGUAAUGAGUGUGGCAAGACCUUUAGUCGAAAGUCAUCCCUUACAUGCCACCGUAGAUUUCAUUGUGGAGAGAAACCUUACAAGUAUAAUGAGUGUGGCGAGACCUACCAUGAAUUGUCAUCUCUUACAUGCCAUUGUAGACUUCAUACUGGAGAGAAACCUUACAAGUGUCACGAGUGUGGCAAGACCUUCAGUCAGGCGUCAUCCCUUACCUGCCAUCAUAGACUUCAUACUGGAGAGAAACCUUACAAGUGUCAUGAGUGUGGCAAGACCUUCAAUCAGAAGUCAUCCCUUACAUGCCAUUGUAGACUUCAUACUGGAGAGACACCUUACAAAUGUGAAAAAUGUGACAAAGGUUUCACUCGCAAAUCACACCUUGAAAUGCAUAAGAUAAUCCAUAGUGGAGAGAAACCAUACAAAUGUAUGGUUUGUGAUAAGGCUUUUGCAUGUGAUUCAUACCUGGCAAAACAUGCUAGAAUUCACACUGGAGAGAAACCUUACAAGUGUAAUGAGUGUGGCAAGACCUUCAGUCAUACAUCAUCCCUUACAUGCCAUCGUAGACUUCAUACUGGAGAGACACCUUAUAAGUGUCAUGAGUGUGGCAAGACCUUCCAUCAGUUGGCAUCCCUUACAUACCAUCGUAGUAGACUUCAUACUGGAGAGAAACUUUACAAGUGUCAUGAAUGUGGCAAGACCUUCCGUCAGAUGUCAUAUCUUGUAUACCAUCGUAGACUUCAUACUGGAGGGAAACCUUACAAGUGUAAUGAGUGUGGCAAGACCUUCAUUCGAAAGUCACACCUUACAUAUCAUCGUAGACUUCACACUGGGGAGAAUUAACAAAUGGAAGCUUUGUGACAAGGGUUUCUAGCAUGAUUCAUACCUGGCAGAAAAUACUAGAAUUCACACUGGAGGCCAUCCUUACAACGGUAAUGAGUGUCCAAGACCAUCAGUAGUAAUUCAUCACCUGUAAUUGACAACCUCUCACGCCUGCCUUGUACAACAACUAUCCCCCUCUCCAAUGUGAAGACCCAGUGUGCUCCCCCCAGCAUCUUCUUCCUCUGCAGCAGGUAGACAAACGUAUGUUUAGUUGCAAACUGGAGGGGGGUGUAUAUCCGGGCAUUCCUAACCACAGAAAUCUCAUUUUCCGUGGACCAAAAAAUUAAAAUGGUUCUAAAUCCUCACUACUACUGGUCCAAAUCAGCUGCGUUACUUCCCCUCUUAGUAGGAACUGGAACAGCAGCCAGGAUAGGGACCACAAUAGGAGGCAUUGGCACUUCAGCCCAUUUCUGUCAUAAACUGUCCUGGGAACUCAAUGAUGACAUGGAAAGGGUGGCCAAUUCCCUGGCCUCCCUCCAGAAGCAGUUAAAUUCCCUAGCCACAGUAGUCCUACAAAAUGCAGAGCCUUGGGCUUCUGGCUCAGAAGGCAGUUACCUGCCUCUUCUACAGGAAGGGUGUUACUACUGUGUCAAUCAGUCAGGAGUAGUAACAGGAAGUUAAAGAGCUAAGGGACCGCGUUCAAAGGCGGCGCACAGUCAGCAGCUGGAGCUUCCCAGGGCUCCGAACCUGGAUCCACUGGGCUCUUCCCCUCCUUGGGCCUUUACUAGUAAUCUUUUUGGUCCUUACCUUUGGUCCCUCUGUGAUUAACAUACUCCAGUGCUUCACGGAAGCCACGGUUGUCAGACAACUGCCCAGUUGCUAGCCUUUUGGGGAUACAAGCCCCUGAGCACAGAUGUUGAUUUGUAAAAGGUGAUACUCCACAUGUAACAUAAAGAGCAUCAAAGGGGUGGAUAAGAUGGAAGGCCUGUGAGGAAAAUUUCCUGAGUGUCUAAAAUAGCUGCCUCAGCUACCUUACCUGCGUUUGUUCUUCUAUACAUCUGCUUCCUGCUUACUAGCGAAAAUCCCCCUGCACAAUUGCUCCAUUGCCUGAAAAUCGUGAGUUACUUCCCUUGCCCCUAACCUGUAAGAACUGUGUACUCACUUAGACCCGGGUCCAGACUUUUGGGUGCUCACCUGUCUGGGCCUGCUGGUGUAAUAAACUGUUGUCCUCUGA